UGUCAAAGUUUUCGUCGUACACUGUGUUCAACUUGUGCAAGUCAAGUAAAAAAGUUUUGAACUAAUUUACUGAUUUAAAGUUAAUGAUUUUAAUUUUUAUUUGGUUAUAGAAAGUUGUGUAAACCAAGAAAAUGAAAUACAGACCAUUUUUAUUUUGUUUCUUAAUAUGCCUAACGUUACUUAAGGAAGUUAAAAGUCUACAUAAAAGAUGUGUGAAAUGUCGGUCAAGAGGAGAGUUGGGCAGUUGCGGAGACCCGGUGGUAGUGAACGCAACGGACCCAUACUCGCAGCUCGGCAUACACGUGGUGGCCUGUCCCUCAGGCUGGUGCGGGAAAAUGAUUGAAGGGAACGAAGGAGCUUUCCGGGCGGAUGAUUACGGAUCAGCGACAGAGCGGAUGUGCCUGCAGCGACCUCCAAGCGACUACGAAGAACGCUGCGCGUACACCUUGUGGAACUACAAGAAGGUCUACAUGUGCUUCUGUAAUGGAGACCUGUGUAACUCCGGGUUUAGUAUAACUGUAUCCUAUUAUAGCAUUAUUGUAGCUGUUUUAGUGUCUGUACUGAAUAUGUAACUAAAUUUAUAUAGAUCUGUCCAAUAGCAUGUUACAUCUUGUACAACUACAAGGUCUAUAUGUGCUGCUGUAAUGGAGUCCUGUGUAACUCCGGGUUUAGUAUAACUGUAUCCUAUUGUAGCAUUAUUGUAGCUGUUUUAGUGUUUGUACUGAAUAUGUAGCUAAUACAGAUCUGUCCAAUAGCAUGUUGCAUCUUGUACAACAAGGUCUACAUGUGCUUCUGUAAUGGAGACCUGUGUAACUCUGGGUUUAGAAUACCUAACCGUAUCCUAUUGGUAAUGUUGGUAUUUAAUAUGUAGUGAAAUUGUCAUUUUUAUACUUCACAUUUUUAAGCUGUUUAUUGUAUUAUAUUACCAUAUAAAUCCGUCCUAUGAUAUAACGUUGUAAUUAGUUGUGAUAUUUACUAUGAAGUACAUAAAUGUGGAGUUUUUUAUAAUUGUAAGAACUUAGUAAAAUAAAUACUUUUGCAUAGAUCUUCUUAACAAGUUAAGAGUUAGUUAAGUUUGACCGGCAUCGUGGUCAAUUUUAAAUAUACCUUAUGAAAAAGAUUGUUAAAUUAAGCCGAAAAUAUAUACUCAUUUUUGAUAAAAGUAUUUAAAAAACUAAAUAUGUAAGUAUAAAAUAUGAAAAUACUUGUAUCCUUGGCCUUACAAUACUGGUAAAACAUUGGCAGCCAAUACUUACGAAACGGAAAGGACUGAUCAAAUAAUAAACAUUAUUUUUGUUAUAUUUUACUGUACUAUACAAACUUUAUAAAUAUUUUUACACUUUUUUACAAAUAUAUUGUUUUUCUGUAAAA